CCGGCUCGCUCACUCUGCACUGAGUACCAAGUGACUUCGGUAACAUGUCCGACUACGCUCAGACUGAACAAGGGUCUGAAGGCAGACCUACAGAUGCAUUUAGGUCGACAGAUAUUGACUCAGAAGUUCAACAUGAGGAACUCCAUGCCAAAAGGGUUGGCUGGGGCCCCCAAGAUCUGGGGCCUAGGGAGCGAAGAGAUCUCAGUCCACGGGAUCUUCGCGAUCUUGGGCCCAGGGACUAUGAGCCCCGCGAUCUAGGGCCUGAAGAACGCAGAGAUCUGGAUCCUAGAGAAGGCCGGGAUCUUAGUCCCAGGGGACCGCGUGAUCUCGGCCCUCCUGGCGACUACGAACCUCGCAAUCUCGGGCCGCGGGAGUAUGAAGACGAGGAAGACGAGUAUUACCGCAGAUCGAGAAGGCCCGAUGACCAGUCAUGGGGACCUUCAGACCAGAAUGGACCAGACGGAGGAGAGACGAUGCACCAACAUGCCCACCAUUCAGACGACGGGCCUGCUGGUAUGGACCCCGAGGGACUCAUUGAGACCAACUGGGACCAGGUAGUUGACAAUUUCGAUGACAUGGGCCUUCGUGAGGACCUACUAAGAGGCAUCUACGCCUACGGCUUUGAGAAGCCCUCUGCUAUCCAGCAGAGAGCCAUUUUGCCUUGCUGCCAAGGUCGCGAUGUGAUCGCGCAGGCCCAGUCCGGUACAGGAAAGACGGCCACGUUUGCUGUUGCCAUCCUCCAACAGCUGGCCAUCAAGGCAGGAAACACGGAUAGAAACCCUCAGUGCCAGGCCCUGGUCCUGGCACCCACUCGUGAGCUGGCACAACAGAUCCAGAAGGUAGUCCUGGCUCUGGGUGACUACAUGAACGCCCGCUGCCACGCCUGUAUCGGAGGCACCAACGUGCGCGCCGACAUGCAAACCCUGACGGAGGGUGUCCAUAUCGUGGUGGGCACGCCCGGCCGCGUCAACGACAUGAUCACCAGGAGAUCUCUCGACACCUCUUCGGUGAAGCUGUUUGUGCUGGAUGAGGCUGAUGAGAUGCUGUCUCGUGGUUUUAAGGACCAGAUCUAUGACAUCUUCAAAUACCUGCCUGCUGACAUUCAGGUGAUCCUCCUGUCGGCCACCAUGCCCAGUGACGUUCUGGAGGUCACCACCAAGUUCAUGCGUAACCCCAUCCGCAUCCUGGUCAAGAAGGAGGAACUCACCCUGGAGGGUAUCAAGCAGUUUUACAUCAAUGUGGAACGUGAGGAAUGGAAGUUGGACACCCUGUGUGACUUGUACGAGACCCUCACCAUCACCCAAGCUGUCAUCUUCUGCAACACGCGGCGGAAAGUGGACUGGCUGACAGAGAAGAUGUCCGGCCGGGACUUCACGGUGUCCGCCAUGCACGGCGACAUGGACCAGCGCGAGCGGGACCUCAUCAUGCGCGAGUUCCGCUCUGGAUCCAGCCGUGUUCUCAUCACUACUGACCUGCUGGCCCGUGGUAUCGACGUACAGCAGGUUUCCCUGGUCAUUAACUAUGACUUGCCAACAAACAGAGAAAACUAUAUUCACAGGAUUGGACGAGGUGGUCGUUUCGGCCGCAAGGGCGUGGCCAUCAACUUUAUGACAAUGGAGGAUUGUCGUUGUCUGAAGGACAUUGAGCAGUACUACAAUACCCAGGUGGAGGAGAUGCCCAUGAAUGUUGCCGACCUGAUCUAGUCGGAGAUAGCGUCGGUCGCCGUGCUUUCCUCGCUCGCCAUUAUUUCCCUCUCGUUCACCCGUCUCACCGCGGUCGAAGCCGAUAUUGAAUAUUGCAUUGACGGUAGCACAGGAAAGCAUUUUGGAGGCAUCUCGCUAUUAAUAUUGCGCCAUUGAUUCUCCCUUGAUGAUAAAUAUUUAAAGUUGAGGAGGUCUUGCUGUGGCGUGUACAGCGUGGUACACCCAGCAAGGCUCUGAACAUAUUGUACAAGAGUCCUGUAAACUUGGACAGCUGUAUUGUACUAGCUCUUUAGGUAGUUGGAUCACGUUAUAGUUAUAUCUAUCAGUGCUGUAUUGUCAGUUUAUUUUUUUGGGUAGUGGCAAUCGUACAUUGUAUGUACGUAUUCUAGAUUCAAAGACUACCUGUGACGUUUUUGUCGCCUUUGGAAAGAAGAUGGGAGAAAUUGUAGACAUGGGAGGGAUUUCAGCACUGUACUGUGCGGAUUGCCACAGGCUUCGAGUAUGUAGUGAAAAAGCCAGGUCUGGUAAGGCGUAUUUUGAUUCUGAUUGUAACAUGAUCAGUGUUUACAUGUCACUUUGUAUAAUUCUGAACCAUAGAUUCAGUAAAAAUUCUUUA